GGAAGCGGCCGGCGGCGUGUGCGCAGGCGCAGCGGCUCGCACCUGGCUCCUGGCGGCCGCGGAAUUAAGCUUCGCUGUCACGAUUGCGAGACAAGGAUGGCCAGACUGCCCAUGGCCAUGAGCACUCCUCAGUUCUCCCGGGGCUGAGGCUGGGCUGGCAGCCAUGGGGCUGGGCAGGCCCCAGGCCUGGUUGUUGGGCCUGCCCACAGCCGUGGUCUAUGGCUCCCUGGCCCUCUUCAUCUCUGUCCUGCACAACGUGUUCCUGCUUUACUACGUGGACACCUUUGUCUCAGUGUACAAGAUCAACAAAGCUGCCUUCUGGGUUGGAGAGACGGUGUUUCUCCUCUGGAACAGCCUCAAUGACCCCCUCUUCGGCUGGCUGAGUGACCGUCAGUUCCUCAGCUCCCAGCCCCGGUUGGGCACCGGGCUAUCCUCGAGGGCCGUGGUGCUGGCACGGGUGCGGGCACUGGGCUGGCACGGGCCGCUGCUGGCACUGUCAUUCCUGGCGUUCUGGGUGCCCUGGGCCCCAGCUGGCCUGCAGUUCUUGCUGUGCCUGUGCCUCUAUGAUGGCUUCCUGACGCUCGUGGACCUGCACCAUCACGCCUUGCUGGCUGACCUGGCCCUCUCAGCCCACGACCGCACCCACCUCAACUUCUACUGCUCCCUCUUCAGUGCGGCUGGCUCCCUCUCUGUCUUUGCCUCCUAUGCCUUCUGGGACAAAGAGGACUUCUCUUCUUUCCGCGUCUUCUGCGUGGCACUGGCCGCUGGCUCUGGGCUGGGCUUUGUGGGGGCCACACGGCUGCUGAAGCGGCGGGUUGAGGCAGCUGGCAGGGAUCCAGGGUACCCAGCCCUGGCCGUGGAUGGCAGCCUGUGUGGAGAGGAGCCACUUGCAGGCGGUGAGGAGGCGGGCAGCAUCACCUUGGGCCAGUACCUCCGGCAGCUGGCACACCACCGGAACUUCCUGUGGUUCGUGGGCAUGGACCUGGUACAGGUCUUUCACUGCCAUUUCAACAGCAACUUCUUCCCCCUCUUCCUGGAGCAUCUGUUGUCAGACCACAUCUCCCUCUCCAUGGGCUCCUUCCUGUUGGGCAUCUCCUACGUCGCUCCCCAUCUCAACAACCUCUACUUCCUGCCCCUGUGCCGGCGCUGGGGAGUCUACACUGUGGUGCGGGGGCUCUUCCUGCUCAAGCUGGGCCUGAGCCUGCUUAUGCUGUUGGCUGGCCCCGACCGCCCUGGCCUGCUCUGCCUCUUCAUUGCCAGCAACCGUGUCUUCACUGAGGGCACCUGUAAGCUGUUGACCUUGGUGGUCACCGACCUGGUGGACGAGGACCUGGUGCUGAACCACCGCAAGCAGGCGGCCUCCGCGCUUCUCUUUGGCAUGGUGGCCCUGGUGACCAAGCCAGGCCAGACCUUCGCACCACUGCUGGGCACCUGGCUGCUGUGCUUCUACACAGGUCAUGAUCUCUUCCACCAGCCCCCACUGACCCCUGUGGGGAGUGCCCAGCCCUGGCCAGAGCCCCCGGCCCCGCCCCCAGCGCAGGCCCCGACACUCCGCCAGGGCUGCUUCUACCUGCUGGUGCUGGUGCCCAUCACCUGUGCUCUGCUGCAGCUGUUCACCUGGUCCCAGUUCACGCUGCAUGGGAGGCGCCUGCAUAUGGUCAAAGCCCAGCGCCAGAACCUGUCACGGGCCCAAACCCUGGACGUUAAGACGGUGUGAGAGGUGUGGCAAGGCCAGCCUGCUAAGGACACUGCCUGCAGCCCCGGGCAGGAGCCGCUUUUGCCAGCCUAGCGUCCUGCUCCUCCGCCUUCCUGGGGUGCUGCCUGGAACACCGAUAACAUGGGAGCUUCUGGGACUGAGCCAGCAGUGUCACUGAGGUCUAAGUUCCUGCUUCGCUCUCUGGCCCAGCUUGGGCAAGGGCUGGGCUCUGUGUGCUCAGGGACCUGCUUCUCCCUAUGGGGCAGGAAGAAGAAGAGGACCAAGAAGGGGUGGGGCUGCCCUGUGGUCACAUGGGGUGGCUGUGGGGCGUGGAGGCUUCUCCCACUACCUGGCUGGGGCUGGCUCUCCGCGUGGGCUCAGGAACCACUUUCACCCAGUCAGGGAAAGCUGACUCUAAGUCCCCCCUGCCCCCUCCUGCCACCCUUCCACUGGUUUCUCUCAGAGUUCUCUGCUUCAGUUGUGCCUGAAGUAGCAUGCCCCACUGUGGCAGGGCUCCCCCACCCCUACCUGGCCUCUAAAAGAGGUUCAUUUCAUAGACUGAUUAAAGUCAGCCAUUUCUAUUCCCA